ACAUGGGCAAUUCCGUAACUGUACAACUUAAAAAGUUUAACUAUAAUUCACUAUUGUGAACCACUAAGGCUAGCUGCAGAUGAGUUUGCUCUCCAGGGUAUUGUUCUUAAGUAUAAGCUUUUCAAUGUCUAGAAUUUAAAUUCUCAAAAUAAAAAUUAAUACAAUCUUCUUUUACUAUAGAGGGUUGAAUUAGAGGAAACGUGUCCAAUAAUGAUUUUUUAGUUUAAAAACUAAAGAAACAAUAUUGUUUUUGUGGCUGAGAGUGGAUAUUAUUAGAGAAAUGAGAGCCUGAGCUUGAACUUCCACUCUCUCAUUUAUUACCUCAAUUUUAGUUUCUUACAUAAAAUUUGAAAAAGGAGUUAUAAGGAAACAAAAGAGUACUGAGGAUAGAUAGACAUGCACAUUGGGGUCUCUUGCUGCUUCACCUUCUGGACUAACUCCAUCUAAAGUUCUCUCUUCUCCUAUACAGUCUAGUCCCUCUUCAUCACUAUUACUUUCACUCUAUUACCUAAUGGAGACAUGAUCCCAAUAAAGAUUCUUGCUUCUCUGCCAUGGUGGAGCUUGCUCAGGACGAAAUUGCACCCACCACUCCUGCUGCAGCUGCUACUAACAUGUCAUCCAAAAAGAAAGAGCUUCUGACUACUGCCAUGAAGAGAACCAGUGAAUGGAUUUUCUCUCAGGAAAUCCCCAGCGAUGUUACAGUUCAUGCUGGUGGAGUUUCUUUUUCAUUGCAUAAGUUUCCGUUAGUCUCCAAGUGUGGUUACAUAAGAAAACUGGUAUCAGAAUCAAGUGAUGCCGAUCUCGGUGAGAUUGAAAUCCCUGAUAUCCCUGGCGGGGCGGAAGCUUUUGAACUUGCAGCCAAGUUCUGCUAUGGAAUCAAUUUUGAAAUAAGUACUGAAAACAUUGCCCUGCUUCGAUGCGGGGCAGAUUAUUUAGAGAUGACUGAGGAUUAUGCAGUUGGAAAUUUAGUAGCAAGAUCUGAAUCCUACUUGAAUGAAGUGGCACUUAAGAGCCUUGCUGGGGCCGUUACCAUCUUGCAUUUAGCAGAAAAUCUUCUUCCAGUUGCAGAGAAAGUAAAAUUGGUAAGUAGAUGCAUAGAUGCAAUAGCAUACAUGGCCUGCAAGGAAAGCCAGUUUUCUAUAUCAGGUAGGUCUGAUAGCGGCAAUAAGGAUGUGCUUUCUUCCCUCACGUCUCAACCAAAACCCAUUGUUGAUUGGUGGGCUGAAGAUUUAACUGUUCUCAGGAUUGAUAUAUUCCAAAGAGUUUUGAGUGCAAUGAUGGGCAGAGGGUUUAAACAAUAUGCUCUUGGUCCUAUACUUAUGCUCUAUGCGCAGAAAUCUCUUCGAGGUUUGGAAACAUUUGGAAAGGGGAGGAAGAAAAUUGAACUACAACAGGAGCAUGAAAAGAGAGUUGUUUUAGAGACAAUAGUGAGUCUUCUUCCAAGGGAAAAAUAUGUACUCUCAGUUAGCUUUCUAUCUAUGCUGCUUCGUGCUGCAAUAUAUCUCGAAACAACGGUUGCUUGCAGGCUUGAUUUGGAGAUGAGGAUGGCCUUGCAAUUAGGACAGGCUGUAUUGGAUGACCUUUUGAUUCCUUCUUACUCAUUCACUGGGGACACAUUGUUUGAUGUGGAUACAGUUCAGAGGAUCAUGAUGAAUUACCUCGAAUACGAAGUCGAAGGAAACAGAAUGGGGUACCAAGCAGAUGAUGAGUAUGUUUCUCCUCCUCCAAGUGACAUGGAACGCGUUGGGAAGCUGAUGGAGAACUACCUGGCUGAAAUAGCUUCUGACCGGAACUUAACUGUUGCAAGAUUCAUCGGUCUUGCAGAACUUAUUCCAGAACAAUCAAGGAUAACAGAAGAUGGGAUGUAUAGGGCCAUAGACAUCUUCCUCAAGGCUCAUCCUGCUAUAAGUGACAUGGAGAGGAAGAAAGUAUGCAGUUUGAUGGAUUGUCAGAAACUGUCUAGAGAGGCUUGUGCUCAUGCUGCACAGAAUGACCGUCUUCCUGUUCAGACUGUGGUUCAGGUGCUAUACUACGAGCAACAACGCCUACGAGAUGUUAUGAUUGGUGGAGAUUCCCCUACACUUCCAACUAAAGUGAACUUGUACGCCACUAAUAAUCAUCCUGUUUCUGAUGAGAUCUCCAGCCUAAAGAGAGAGAAUGAAGACCUGAAACUAGAGCUAGUGAAAAUGAAAAUGCGAUUGAAAGAAAUCGAAAAAUCUGGAGGAGGAAGAUCAGUAACAAGCAGUCCAGCGUUGAACUCUCCAUCUGCUGAUAAACCUCCUUUGCCUCGAAAAUCAUUUAUAAACUCGGUAUCGAAAAAGCUUGGACGGCUUUAUCCUUUUGUGCGUGGUGAGGGUGAUUCUUUUGCCAAAGCUCGGGCAAAACCUAGCAAGAAUCGUCGACAUUCCAUAUCCUGAAACGUUGCUUCAUCUUUCAGCCCUGCACUUUAUGCAGGGGAUAGUGUCUCUUUACUUCUUUCUUUCUUUUGAUUCUGGCUUUGUUUUCAAGGCAGGCUUGAUAAGACUAGCAGCACCUGUCUGUUUUAUUUUUCUCUUUCUCUACUUAUUCUUCUGUGUGAUAUUCUUGUAAAUAAGACAUUAUAAAUUAAGUACAAGACUAGGUUAAUAACA